AUGCGACAAUAUUGUGGGAGACUAGCCGGGCGAAGGUAUAGAUCCGGAAUAGCUUUUCAAGAGGAAGGCUGGAGUAAUCAAGAAAAAAGUGGAGCAGAUGCGAGGUGCAGUGUAGUGUCUGGAUGGGAACAUGAACAGUGGCUGCGAUUGGUCGAAGGUGAAACCAAUUUCAGGGCUGUUGAAGAUGAAGCAGCUUAUAAGGCAUUGGAAAGUGAUCAUGAAGAUGGAUUGUUCUGGAUGUUGGAUCGAGCAGAGGAGGUAAUAAUAACGCUCGAAACGUACCGCGAGAAAGCUUUGCGAUCAUUGGCUCAAAUUCGUGAACAUUCGCAACCGGCAGCCUUUUCGUGA